AUGGCUGAUGACUUCACAGUCUGCGUUAACUUCCUGAUCUUGUUUUUUCGCGUAAUUUAAUUCACUUUCUAUUAUGAGUAGGCAGCUUUGGAAAGAUUUUUUGAUUGCUUAUAUGUCCAUGCCUUGUUUGUGGAAGGUUAGGUCCCCAGACUACAACAACAGAGUCAAGAAAAACCAGUGUUAUGCUAUAUUGGCAAAUAUGUGUCGCGAAUUCGAACCGACAGCAGACAGAGCUUUCGUACAAAGAAAGAUAAAUUCGUUUCGUACAACAUUUCGUAAGGAACACAGAAAAGUAACUGAAAGCAAAAUGUGUGCUACCGGAACAGCUGACGUACACAAGCCAACUUUGUGGUACUAUGACAUAUUGUUACCCACAGUUCUGCAAGGUUCCCCACGGUCCAUCCAGUCAACACUGGAAGAAGUCGAGUUGGCACAAGAUGACAUUAGUAAUUUAGAAGAUAGUGAAGCAGAUGCAGAGGCAUCCUCACUUCUUGAGGGAGAGGGGGGGCAUUAUCAAGAGUUUAAGCAGUUCAAAGAUGCCGCAAAUGAGUCGGAGGCCACUGCUUCUAUGCAUGGAAUUGCAGAUAAUGGUGUGGUAUCUUCAGUUUCUGCUCCACCUGCCCUUUCUUUGCACACUGUGCUACCUACGGUAUGCACUAAGAGAAUGUGGCGAGAAUCAAAAAAUGAUGAGCUACAGAAGGUAGCAUGCGAGCAGCAGUCAUCACCCUUAAUGGAAAACGAUGAAUUUUACCACUUUGGAAUGAGCAUUGCUCUUAAAAUGCGUAAAAUGUCCAAUAUGAAUAAUAUGCAAUGUAUUAUUGCAGAAAAACUUAUCUCAGAGAAGGCUGGCUGGCUGACUGCUUCACCAAAAUGAACUGAACAUUUGUGCAAUACUGUAAAAGUUACGGAAAUAUUGGUAUGCUACGUAAAUGCAUUUCUAGUGAUUCCAUGUUAUUCACAGCUGUAUUAAUGAGUCCGUUUGCGUGUUUCUCACAUUUUUAGGUUGUAUAUGGUGACUGUAUUAUAAAGUGUAGGGAAUUAAAGAAUUCCCUUUAGACUGAUGAUAACGUUACACCUUGCAUGUGUUAGUAGAAGACAAACCUGUAUGUUUUAACAGCAAUUUUUCAAUAACACAACUUUCCAUUGUUCUGAUGUAGUUUUAGUGGUUGAAGGAGUGUUUAUUAAUAAUCUUGCAAAUGAUGCUUCUUGUAACAAUGGGGAAAAAUAAACUAG